UGGCCACCUGCACCUCUCACUCACUCACUCACCACCACACGCGAACGCACGCACACGCGUAAAAACACACCCGCGCGCGGACACCAAAUGCACGGACACGCACGGAUAAACUUCCCUGUAACACGAAUAUACGCUAUACGGGAGUGUGUAUAGCGACGUGUAUACACUCUACGGGAGCGUGUAUACUCACACGUGUAUACACUACGGGAGCGUGUAUACCCACACGUGUAUACACUCUACGGGAGCGUGUAUACGCCCACGUGCAUACACUCUACGGGAGCGUGUAUACUCACACGUGUAUACUCUACAGGCGCGUGUAUACACUCUACGGGAGCGUGUAUACACUCUACAGGAGCGUGUAUACACUCUACGGGAGCGUGUAUACACUCUACAGGCGCGUGUAUACUCACACGUGUAUACACUCUACGGGAGCGUGUAUACCCACACGUGUGUAUACCCAUGUUGACAACACCGCCUUGACGAGGCUAUAGGAGCGUGUUGUGGGAAGAUAUACCAGUGUAUAUGUGGCGUGUGUGUAUAUGGGGCGAGUUAUAGCGGCCCGGUUGAUGCUGUGGGCACCACCAUCCAGUGACGGGACGUGAUCACGUCAUGAUGGAGGGUGGACACAUUGGCAUGUGGAUGGGGGCUGUGAUAGCCGUGGUGGUGAUCGUGGCGAUGCUGGUGGUGUCCGCCUUAGCAGUGAAACGACUGAGGACCAGACAUGCCCAGAAACAUCCUUACCAGGGGUACCGGGUGGUCGGCACCGAACCUCUGUACGAGAGGACGCAGCAGGUGGCCGUGCCAACGCAGGUGGGCAUAGGGGCACGGGGGGGUACACCAACAGAAGUCCAAGAGUCACAGGCCGAGAAGGAUGAUGAGGUAGGGAUGUGUGGCCGCACAGCCUCAACGGGCUCAAUAGGACACUCCUGUUUGAGCUUGUUAACACACGCCCAUGCGGACUCGUUAGGGCGCACCCGUGUGGGUUCAUUAGGAAGUGCCCAUGUGGACACAUUGGGGCGCUCCCGUGUAGGGUCACUAGGAAGCGCCCAUAUGGACCCAUUAAGACGUGCCCGCGUGAGUUCAUUAGGACGUGCCCGGUUGGCAUCAUUAGCGCAGGCAAGCUCACCGGAUGGCAAGCUGGCUGUCUGGAACCCAGUCUCAAGGGCCAAGUCUGCUGAGUGUCUAACAGAGAAGCAGGAGACCAUAGAGCUGCCUACUGGCAUGAGGCAGCAGCCAAGCCCCUUAUCCUCCACCAACUCCCUGGACACCCUGACAGGAGACCAGGAUACAAUCACAGAUUCCCGCCGCUACUUCACCCUCAAGCGUGGACCAUUCGUAGAGUUCACAGUGCAGUGGGCGAGCAGCACAAGUUGUCUGAGUGUGUACGUGGUACGUCUGACUAGCCUGCCACCCAAGUAUCACAAAUCCAGCUGCACCCUCACCCUCUCCCUCACCAGUCCUCAUAAGGAGGGAGGGGGUAACAAGAUCAUCACCAAGACCUCACCCCGGCUCAGAAAUGCUAAUCUUAACCCCGAGUGCAACUACCUCUUCUCCUACCAAGAUAUAUCCCUGGAGCAGCUUCGUGAGAGCAUGCUGGUGCUGGGUCUACUGGUGCGUCGCAGCAAGCACCUGCUCAACAAGCAGGUGGGGGAGUUGCAUUAUGCCCUAGGAGAGGCCCACCUUCACCCAGACACUCCCCGUACAGUCACUGAACCCAUCACACUCAAGAAGAAGGAGUCAAGUCCAUGGUCAAGUGUGAGUGGAGGAGGUGGAGAGGGGGUGUGGGGCCAGGUGCAGGUGAUGGCCCAGUACCAAGUGACGGGAACCUUACAGGGACGGAUCAAGGUGGUCAUUAUCCGAGCUCAAAGUGUUCUCAUUGGCAAGGGAGGUGGUGGCGAAUACAAGAUGCAGAUGGUGGUGAAGAAAGGAGAGGAGACCCUAGCAGUGCAUGACACCAAGCCGACAUCAGGACCUUCUCCUGUGUGGAACACACCCUUCAUCUUUGACGUGGCCCAGGACAAGCUGAGUGAACAUUGGAUUGAGAUGAAGCUGGUUCGUCUGGGCAUCAUGAAGAAGACCAUCAUCUUAGGACAUACUUUCUUGGGCUUAGAAACCACUCCUACCGGGUCCCAACACUGGCAGGACAUUAUAGACUCGAUGGACCAAGAAAUCACAGCCUGGCAUCCUAUCAUCCUUCACAACUGAAGUCAUCCUAUGUUGAGGAACAACUGUUGAAAAUAAUCUUGAUCAACGAGUCUUCCGGAAAGUCAAUGUGCAUUACUAAGGCCAUUUAAAAUGAAAUGCAAUAAUGCUGACUUUGUGGGUGGGCAUCCUAUACCAGGGACCAUUAUAGAGUUCCAAGAGCAUCCUACGUUAUAUGAUAAGUCAAUUGUUUAAAAUUAAUGAAAUAGACAACAUAAAUAGCCUCACAAUAAUACAUCAAGUUUUUCAUAUAUUUAUUUUUGUAUUUGUUUAUAUAUACAAGAAUUCAUUUAUUCUUGUACAGCCACUAGCACAUAUGGCAUUUUGGGCUGUCACACAUAGCAGCUGUCCAACUCCCAGGUACCUAUUUACUGCUAGAUGAAGUUAUCAAUGGUGGUUCCUGGUCAUUUUAACUACUGAUCAAUAUAUAAAAUUUACCUCCAGAACUUUUCAAUUAAGC